GCUGGGUAGGAUUUUGGUGCGUUACCACGGAACAGUGUGUGUAUGACCGUAUGUGUUGAGAGUGAAAGAAGGAUGGAGGACGACCCACAACUGAAUUUAGAAGAUCUGGACUAACAGGGGGCCAUCGCAGUUUUAAACUGUUUUCGGGGAACCGUUUUUUUUUGUAAAGGGGGGAAUUUCUUUUCAGCCACAUGUUAAAAUGCCAUUUGCCAAAAGGAUCGUUGAACCUCAGUUAUUGUGCAGGCAUACGAUUCCCAAUGAGGAGGGAUUGCUUUUCGAGGACCUGUGCACCAUCAACAAUGUGGCGUUAUCACGGACCUUGCGACAGCUUUCCGACCUGGCCAAGCACGCCUGCUCCCUGUUUCAGGAGCUGGAGAAUGAGAUCGUAUCGACAAACCAGCGGGUUUGGGUUCUUCAUGGUAAAAUAGGAAGGCUCCAGCAAACCACCACUGGACUCGACCCUAAACAGGAGGCAGUGCCUGUGUCUAACCUGGACGUGGAGAGCAAGCUGACGUCCCACUACCAGGCCCCCUGGCACCAGCAUCGUAAUGUGUUCCACCCCUCCACCCGGCCGCCCUGCGUGGAGGAGCUCCACCGCCACGCCAAGCAGAGCCUGCGGGCGCUGCAACGAGGCUUCUCAUGGAGUCAUGAGCCAGACCAGCACCAGCGUCAGCAGGCCAGUAACAGGGAACGGCGGGUGACCAUCAACAUCUCGGUGGCACCUCCCAUGCCCACGUACCCAUCACCCCGCACACUCCGGAGGCGCGAGCUGAAAGCACGGCACUUGAGAACGGAGAGGACAGGGGGGGACAUAGACACAGAGGCACCUCAGACACAGCUGCAAGAGGAAGCAGCUAGGGAAGCUGAUAGUCAGACCAUACAGAGACAGUUUGAGAAUGCCCGCUCAUCCUCCCCCACUGAGUGCUGCCACUUCUCUCCCUGGAGAAAGGCUGCUCCACCCACUGACCCCGACUCAGAGGUGGUGGCUCUAGGCCACCGGCCCAAGUGCCCCAUCCCUAACGUCCCCUCCACGCUGGACAAGCAGACUAACUGGUCCCACCCGCUGCCGCUGCCCACGCCCGAGGAGAGGAUGAAAACCGAUUCCCAAGUGGUCACCUCGUGCGUCGUGCCCAUUAACGUUACGGAGGAGGUGUCCGUCUCUUCCUCCCCCCCAGCGAUAUCAGCCUUCUUCAGGGUCGGCUUUGACAGAGACGCCAGUGUGCGCUGCUCACUCGUUCACUCCCAGUCGGUGCUUCAGCGGAGGAGGAAGUUGAGGAGACGGAAGACCAUCUCCGGAAUUCCCAGGCGUGUACAGCAGGACCUAGACUCGGAUGAGUCUCCUGUUGCGAGGGAGCGGACGGUGAUUGUGCACGCGAACCCCGAGGCCUGCCAGGAGGACGACAGGCUCAGCAGCCACCUCAGUACCAAGGACUCGGGCUGCCAGACGGAGGAGAUCCUCAUCGCCGCCACGGCCCCCUCGCGCAGGCGGAUACGAGCCCAGAGAGGCCAGGGCGCCACCGUCUCGCUCUCCCACUCCACGGGCAACAUCUCUUCUCUGCCCGACAGCUCCGACACCAUGUACAGCUCCUCCAUGGGCGCCCGCCUGCGCUCCCGCAGCCUGCCCCGCGACGGGAGGCACCUGGUGGACGAGGACCACGACGAGAGUGAAGAGGACGAUGAGGAAGAGGAGGAAGAGGAGCUCUCGCCGUUCGAGACAGAGGACUUCCUGCCAGUUCCCGGGGAGCACAUCCUGAAGGACGAGGAGGAGAGCACGGAUGACCAGGCGCUUCCUGAACAUCAGCUCGGCAGCCUGAAGUACAAGCAGCACGCGGGGAGUCCCGAGCAUGGCUGGCUGGAGCGUGGGCGCUCGCGGCUCCCGCGGAAGGUGGACAUGGGGAGCUGCGAGAUCUCGUCCAGCUCGGACACCUUCAGCAGUCCCAUCCACUCGGUGUCCAACGCCGGGGUGCUGACCAGUCAGAUGGACCACAAGGAGGACCACCAGUCCUCGAGUGGUAACUGGAGCGGCAGCAGCUCCACCUGCCCCUCACAGACGUCCGAGACCAUCCCCCCCGCAGCCUCCCCACCACUGACCGGCUCCUCGCACUGUGACUCGGAGUUGUCCCUUAAUGCAGUUUCGCAUGCCAAUGAUGACACAGCCGGUUUCAUCCUAGACCCUUACCCGACGGACAGGCUGCAGGGCCUCAGGGGCCACAGGACGGGCUCUUUCACCUCAACAGCCACGGACAUGCUGGACGACGCAGGGGUCAGCACGGCCAGUGAGGGAGAGUGGGGCUACCCGCACCACCGGCACAGCACGUCCUACCAUCAGGACUUCAGCCCUGAACACUCAAGGGAAGAAGAGGGCAGCUUGGAGUGCCCGAGCUUCGCCAGCAUAGCCACCUUUGAAAGCCUCACGGACAAGCCACCGUCUGAUAAGGCUGACACCGUCUCCCACUACUCGGUGGACACCGAAGGCUACUAUACCUCCAUGCACUUUGACUGUGGUCUUAAAGGUAGCAAAAGCUUCACGUAUAACUAUGCAGCUCAAGAGCAGCGUCAGGCGGAGUACAGAAGUCACAUGACCCUCGGGAGACACUGUCUAUCCCUGAGAAAACCAAAGGCGAAGCCUGCUCCGCCCCAACGCAGCACGUCCCUGAGGAAAAUCAGUGGUGCUGGAGGUGGAGGCCCUCACAACAAGAGCGAACCAAAGAUAACCUGUGGGCAGACCCUGCCAAUGUCUUCCAGGGAGAGGAAGCUGCAGCUGGACUUAGCCAGCUCCUCAGGACCGCCUGAGAGUGAGGAGACGCUUGAAGCUUGGGGGGUGGAGAGCACCAGCGAGAUGACUGAUGUGACGUUGUUUGUUUCUGGUGAGACGCACUCUUUCAAGGAUGAAGGGGCCGUGCAGUCUGAGUAUGCGGAUCUCUGGCUCCUCAAUGACCUGAAGUCGAACGAUCCCUACAGGUCGUUGUCGAACUCCAGCACUGCUACAGGUACAACGGUCAUCGAGUGCAUCAAGUCCCAAGAGAGUUCUGAAUCGCAGACGUCGCAGUCGGGGUCACGAGCCACCACGCCCUCACUGCCUUCAGUGGAGAAUGAGUUCAAGCUUCCCUCGCCAGAGAAGCUGAUUGGCCUCGCCUCACCCUCCAGUGGGUAUUCCAGCCAAUCAGAAACCCCGACAUCCACCUUCCCCUCUGCUUUCUUCCCAAGUCCCUUAUCCCCGAGCAGUGGCAAGAGGAAGCCAAAAGUUCCCGAGAGAAAGUCCUCUCUCUCUUCCUUACAACUACAACAACAACAACAACAGCACCAAUCAUCCAAGAGGGACCUAGAGCUGCCAGUCAUACCUCCAACUCACCUUGACCUAAGUGCUCUUCACAACGUUAACAAGCCUUCAGCCCACCGGAGCCAGAUGCACAUCCUCCAUCAGAACAAGCAGAAGGCGGCAGCUGCUGCAGCAGCCAAAGCAGAGGCCAGAGCCUCUGCAGCCGCUGCCGAAGCUAUUGUCGGCGCCGCAUCCAUGGCCAUCACUCCCACGGUGCUUCGUUCAGUCCAGCUGCGGUCUGUCGGGAGGUCCGGCGAAGGAAGUUACGAGAGGCUCGCCACCGCCACACGGCCCAAGUGUCCCACUGUGACCAUCAGCACCACCCCGGCAAACACCAAGCCUUUAGAAUCGCGGAAACCUCCACCUUACAGACCCCAGGAACCCCACGCUCAGGAGCACUGUGGAUCACUGUUUACUCCAGGCAACAGAGCCGUGGCAAAAGAUGUAGCAAGUAACAGUGGUGUGAGAUUCAGGCACGACAGGCUUGCACCAAUGCCCCUGUGGAGUAUGACAGCCUUCCGAGGCCAGCCAGACCAAGCGGGGCCUGAAGAUGACCACUUGGAGAGCGGGACCGAAGGUCAGGGGAUCUCUGAGGGCACUGCUGAUUCUGAGGAAGAGAAGCAAGGCUUGAGGGUCGUAAAGCCUCUCUUCCCCGGGAGCAGUAUGGACGUGGAACAGAAUGAAGCACUGAAAUUGGAACUAAAAGAGGAAAGCUCGACGUUGUUGUGUCUGACUAAGACGGGGUCUCCACCGACCCAGCACGGAAUAGCCAAGAGGUCUGAAAGUCUUGACCAAGUGCCUGAUAUAAUAACUCAAUCAGAAACAUCGCAAGCUUACUCAAUCAGCGAUGCUGGUAACCAAGAGGAGGAAUAUGAAACAUCAGGUGUUCCUACCAGAAGUGCCUCGCAGGACAGCAGGGAGGAUGGCUCCACUCCAGACGAGGACUACUUCAGCAAGGAGUCCACACCCAGCGAUCCCGCAGUAUCUCCAUUAAAUGAUGACAGUAGAUCGGACGAGGACAGUGUCUUCCUGUCACCGAAUCGGAGCCGUACAACUGAGGAUCUCUUUGCAAUGAUUCACAGGUCCAAAAGGAAAGUGCUUGGGAGAAAGGACUCUGGAGACCUAGGAGGGCGGAACAGGUUGGGUGGUGCAUCAGCCACCACUCCACCCAACAACACUAUGACCUCUCCAACUACGCCCGUUACACCAACCACGCCUACCACACCAACGGGUCCUCUUCAGAGAACUCCAGGACAGAUAUACAGAAGCGCGAAAAAGUCCAGCACCUCCAACGAGGAGUUCAAGCUGCUGCUGCUGAAGAAAGGCAGUCGGUCCGAUUCCAGCUACCGCAUGUCGGCCACAGAGAUUCUGAAGAGCCCGAUCGCGCCAAAGUCUCCCGGUGAUUCGUUCGCCGAGGGGGGCAAGCAGCUAAGCGAGCCCGGCUCUCCCCAGCAUCAGCAGUCCCCGCCAGGCACAUCCGAGCAGCUGUCCAGCCCUUUCCCCAAAGCCAACACAGAGGGCUUUUCCCCGAAAGCCUUUCCUGUCACUGCCUCUUCACGGCAGGGGCGCUCUAGAAUACCACCUGCUGCAAACAGCAGCCGGUACAGUACCCGCAGCCGGCUGUACACGGCACCCAUGCAGGCAAUCUCAGAGGGGGAGACGGAGAACUCCGACGGGAGUCCACACGACGACCGCUCCUCUUAGAGUAUGCACCUUCCGCUUUAACACUGUAAAGGCUACUAACACAAAAAAAAAAACAUUUUUUAAAAGAAGGCAUGACAGGAGACAAAAAAAACGAGAAAAGCCUUCAGACGGAGCUAAUGCUCUGACAGUUGCAUUGUUCGAAGAUAAUUUGAUGCGUGUGUCACUGAAAAUUGUGAGAAGAAAAUAAGGACAGAAAAAAAAAACUUUGUUUGUACCCUUUUUGUACCACACAACAAGAGUGAACUGGUUUUAGGGGAAAAAAACAAAGCCUAUUCUAGUGAUGUUGUAGUAAUCCAAUAUGAUUUUUAAUUAUUAAUAUUUUUAAAAUGCUGCAGUCCUUGAGAACUACAUCAUGAAAUGACUUUCAAAAGCUGGUUAUCAAAUUUAGAGUGAUGAUGAACUAUGACAGAAUACUUUACAAGGGCACAGGAGCAUCAUUCCACAAAUGUCCAAGCAGUCCUUCUUUGUAACUUUUCAGAGAAAACACAAAUUGCAUUGUGAAAUGAAAUGAAAAAUUCAAACAUAAUGUACUGCAUAGGACAUGACUGUGAAAAGCAAGUGGUCCAGAAAAUUUUACAAGAAGGGAAUGAUCAAUUCCUACAUGCUAAUUUGUCACUGCAAAGUGACACUUGGGACAAUCUAAUGGUGGCCUUUUGUAUAGUGGGUCUUAGGAUUGAUUGGGCUGAUAUGACACGUGUUUAAGACUGUUCAGCCUUUUUACGGCGGGUCUGAAAAACCUUCAGCUGGAAGCUUGGCAGGGUAGGUGCUUUGUCACCUACGGCACCUUUGCACUUCUCUCAGUUCCUCAAGAAUACCACUUCAUAGAGUUUUAUAUGAAAUUAAUGCCACAUUUUAAAGGUAGAGAUAUAAAUAUCUAUAUCUAUAUACAUAUAUAUAUAAAGAGGCUAUAUACAUAUAUGUUUUUAAUGACACAAGCUCAAAAUGGCAGUGAAUUCUUUGUCAGUGGCACAUGGUGAUUACACCCAGCUAUGCCUGCCUUAGGUGUUACAGUAGUUAUUAUGUGAACUCAAUAUACUGGGAUCUGUCACAUAAACCUCAGUGCAAGAGGCAUGCUAUUUAAAGCGCAGCUCUUCUAUUUUAAUUAAAUGUUUGGUAUUUCUAAAUCUUCAAAUCACAAGAGGAAACACAUUGACUGUGCUCAUGGUAUUUUCCACAUUUUUUUCCACCUACUCAGAAAAAAAUAGACUGUUGUAGUGACAGUAACAGUUGAUCACUUGAAAAAUGACCACCAUCAUAGCUUUGUGGAAACUCUAAAACAAUAUGGUUACCCAAUGUAUUCUGUGAAUACCUCUGCAAUUAUGUAUACUGUUGAUUUGAGAUUUUAUGCUGUUCACUCAAAGGUGAAUAAUUUAGUCAUCACAUUCACACAGACACACAGCAGGAUUAACACUGUGCAAUUUAGAAUAGGAAAAACAAGCCCUGUGAAACCAGUAGAUUGCUGGGUAGCAGAACACUUUGACCAGCAUGUGGUGAAGUGUGUUUCGUUACAUAAUACCCCCCUUGUCUUCUCAUUAUACGCAUGCAUUUGAAAAAAAAAGCAAAAUAAGAGAAAGUUUGCAAAUGGGAAAAUAUAUAAAUAUACCUAUAUAUACAUAAAAACUCAAAUUUUGUGAAUUAACAUUGUCAACAUCAUUUGAAAUUGUCUCGUCAGUAUGUUGAGUAGAUGUAUACUGUAUCCAUUUUCUUCAAACUGUAUGGUAGUGUUUUUUGCCAUAUCUAAGCAAACUUACUUGACAAUCUUAAUCAAAUCUCUUAUGGCUAGUUCGGGUGGAAACUUCAGAGGUGGCGACAAGGCAAAGGGAACAUGGAUUGAGCUGUGGCCGAGAGGCAGGGGUCAGAGAGCUUGGGCCUUACACAGGCCAAGAUGGAAUGGCUAGAUGAUGUGGCCGAAAGGCGUUCUGUAGUAUACGUGAUCAUGGGUGUAUGUAUGCAAUGUUGAGAGGGCAGUGGAAAGUGUAGAGUUGGAGCAAGAGGGAUGGUUUUUGAUUUGGAGGAUGGCUCAUGAGAGGAUGUUCUUUGUGCAGCUAAUUGCUGUUUUAAGGAAAAUGGAACAGUCUUGAGCCUAUUUUGCCAGGAUCAAAUCAGAGUGCAAAGUCAUGUUUGAAAGAGUGAGUGUCUCAUUGUGGUGUUCCAUGUGAGAGACUUUCCAUGUCUCUUGUUUUUGAGGUUUUUAAAUUGUGACAAAAAUGUGUAAAUACAUAGAUUUUCUUAAACAUAUGCCACACCCCUAUAUUUUUGUUUCAUAUCCAAACCUUGAGGUUUUGGAAUCUAACCAUUAUUUUUAUCAUUCUGAUGCAGCAAAUGACUACAUUUAGAUAUAUUUAUUUUUGGUACUAAAAGACUAGAAUCAAGAAAGAAAGGAACUUUGGUUCAAAAUUGGAAAUUGAAAUAAUUGUCCUGUAAUUGGUGCGUAUCUAUUCUCUAUAAUGGCUUAGAAUACGGAGCGCAAUACAUUUCAGCAAAGAUUUUAUUAUUGUUUUACUCUAAAUAAAUUCUUAUUCUUAUUUUUGAACAAAAAAAGAGCUGAACAGACACAUCAAGCAUUGAAUCAUGUUUAAUCAACUGUAGACACUGGUUACUUAGAACAUAAAUGAGGUUUACGAUUAACCAAUGAAAACCUCCUAACGCUAGGGGGGGGGGGGGGAUACGACAUAUUACCGAUAAGCUAUAGUGUGUGUUAGCCAAACAUUGAAAAUCAUUUAAUUUGCAAAAAAUAUUUUCUGGUCCCCCAUUUCACAUACACAAAACAAAUUGCCAUCCCAUUGACUCACAACAAAGAUACAGCUUUCUGUUUGCUAAGGAAACACUGGUACAGACACAGAGUACGGUUUCACUCUGAGUGAAACUACUUUACAAUAUCUUUGUAGCUAUACCUCUCUACUUGCAUUGUUGCAUGACACGAAGCUAACAUGGCAGUGGCAAAGCUUUUAACUGUUAAUGUCAUUCUGGCCUUAAAUGAGCUAAACCGACAAAGGGAAAACAAUAGCGGCUGCCUCCUUUGACCACAUAUCUGCUAUAUUACUACUCCCCAAAGAGAGAGAUGGUCUACUGUUGGUUUACAUUGAGAUGGCUUAUGAGCUCUUUUGUAAAGGUUAAAAAUGUUUCGAAAUCUACCUUUUACAGGGUACACAGAGGGCAACAAUUCUCUUUACCAUCAUUCCAAGAAUUUAAAGUAUAACUUAGACAUUUGCACUGAUAUAGUGAAGUUUGUGAAGUAUUCAUUUUGUCUCUUGCUGUACCUAAAGUUAUUUAUAUAGGAUUUCCAUUUUAAACUGUUUGAAUUUUCUUUACAGCUGAACUAAGCAUGCUCCAAGGGAAGAGACACAAGUAGCACAUACUUUUACCAAAGGGUCUAAGUUGUCUACAGGUGUAAGCAAAGAUGUUUUAAGGUUACUUGAUCAAAUAAAAUAUCAUAAACAAAUAAAUUGCCUGCUUAAAAGAGAGUUACAAAACUGUUUCGGUACUAGAUGCAACUCCUUCAGGCUGUAAGCUUCAAUCAAGUAGAUUAGCAUCAGUUUUGUAUUUUUGUACAGAUUUGUAAAUACAAUACCUUUCUAAAUUGUUGCAAAGGUGUUUCUUUUGUAAAAUGUUUUCAAAGUUUACAUUACUUCCAAGCCUUUGUAUAUUUUUGAGCUGUGCAACUCUUUAAGUCUUGUAUUUAUUUUUUAGUAAACAUUGUGAAAAUCCCAUUGUAAAUCUCUGAACAAUGAUUUGCCAGCAUGACUGGCUGCUUAGUAAAUGUGCAUAGAAGGAGCCAAUAAAUGUGACUGCUUUGAAAA